AUUUUUUUUUAUAUGAAAAAGGCUUUGAAAGCAACGAGACAGAAUUCAUAUUUCACAAUAAGCCACCGCCACCACUCUCACACACACCUUUGUUUUCAUCUCCACCUUUCUUUGUUAUCUUCUGGUAGUUCUUAUGUCAGGAGAGAGAAAAAGUGAUGAUGUUCAUGAGAUAAUGGAGAUCGAAGAAGAAACCUCACGCCAUAGCUGGCGGCGAGUCAUGUCGCCGGAGAUUGUGGAGGUCGAAGAGCACGAGAACCGGCCAAACGUUAUUACCAGAGACGCCGUCGACGUUUUUGUCGCCGUCGGGAAGAACGAUCUCGACGUCGUGAAAUGGGCCGUCGAUCACCUUGUGUCACCCGGAGCUCGUCUUUAUCUCGUUCAUGUCUUCCCUCCCGUCACACACAUCCAGACUCCUGUUGGAAAGCUAUCAAGAAGCCAAUUAAGCAAAGAUCAAGUCCAAAUCUACAUAAACGAAGAGAAUAAUAAGAGAAGAAGCCUCCUACAAAAGUAUAUACGACUUUGCACUGAUGCCAAGAUAGUUGUUGAGACAAUGCUUCUAGAGAGUAAUACCACAACAAAGGCUAUCCUUGAUCUAAUCCAUGUCGUCAACAUUACCAAUCUUGUUAUUGGAACUAAAAGAUCACCUCCACUAAGGCGAUUGAGAAAAGGGUUGGGAAAAGGAGAGUUCAUUAAGAAGAAUGCUCCUGAUUUUUGUGAGGUUUCCAUAAUUUGCAAUGGGAAACAAGUUACAACAACCGGUCAACAGCGACAAGUUGCAGGCAGGGUGGUUUCUCCUUCUGAUGUCCCUACAACGAGUAAAAAUGAAUUGAAAAUCACUCAUUUUCAGUCUGAACGAAAGUUUUUUGAGUGUGCAUGUUUCUCUGGGAAUUUUGAUUGAUUUUACUUUUACUUUUAAAUGUGCAUUACAUACAUGAUGAUCACGUGUGAUCGUAUCAACUUAGAGUUGUUUCAUAGUAUGGUUUUUUAGAACAUAAUUUUUCGUUUUUCUUUAGAGUUGAUACAAAAUUCUAUAACAUGUACGAAUAGGUAUGUAGAUGUUUUUAAAAAAUUGUUAUUGUUACA